AUGUUUGCGAGAACUUUGAUCUCUCUGCUUGGCCUCACGGCUCUGGCCGCGGCCGUUCCGGCCCCAGAGCCCGUCAACCCUGGUUCCGGCCACAGCAAACCCUUUUUCUACAAGGGCCACGAUCUCAGCUCUCUCAAGAUGCUUGAGGAAAACAACAAUAUCUAUAUCGACACGGCGCGUGGAAACGCGACCCGCCCGGCCGACGACAUCCUCGCCGACGGUGGCAUGAACGCCGUACGCCUCCGGCUGUGGGUGAAUCCGCCCGACGGCACCUACGGCUUAAAUUACACCAUUGCCCUCGCGAAGCGUUUCCAGGCAAAGGGCCAGCGCAUCUUUUUAGACUUCCACUUCGCCGAUAGCUGGGCGGACCCGCAGAAACAGCCGCUGCCCGCGGCGUGGCCGACGCAUUUGGAGCCCUUGGCCGACACGCUGAGGAACUACGUCCGCGAGACGCUCAUCGCCUUCAAGGACGCCGGCGUGACGUUGGAUAUUGUUUCCUUGGGCAACGAGAUACGCCACGGCACGCUGUGGCCGCUGGGUAAGGUGUCUGUCGACGUGCAGCCGUGGUCGGCGCUGGUCAAGAAUUUCACAAACUUUGCGACGCUCUACAAGGCGGCGAGGGCGGGCGUCAAGGACGCCACCCGUGCUGGCGUGCCCAAGCCCGAGGUCAUCAUCCACAUCGACAACGGCUGGAACCUGACGCUGCAGGAGCGGUGGUACGGCGCGCUUGUAGACAAUGGCGUGCCGCUGUCGGCGUGGGACAGUUUCGGGUUUAGCUUUUACCCAUUCUACGGCACGUCGGCGACGCUUGCGAACCUGCGGAAAACGCUCAAGGUGUUGGGGGAGAAGUACGGAAAGCCCAUGCAGGUCGUCGAGACGGAUUACCCUGCGAUUUGCGACGGCAAGUGGAACCCGAUCCCCGAGUCUUCGGAGCCGAGUAUCCCGUACAGCGUCGACGGACAGGUUGAGUGGAUGAAGGACCUACUCAAGACUGUGAGGGAGACACCCAAGGGUCUUGGACAGGGCGUGUGGUAUUGGGAACCUGCGUGGUUAAACAAUACGAGCUUGGGAAGUGACUGCAACGACGCGGUCUUGUUCGAGCCGGAUUAUAGCCAAUGGCCCAAGACGAUUGGGUACUCGCGGUCUUCUGUCAACAUAUAUUUGUAA